GAGCCGCAGGCGGCCCUCCGGGAGCUGCUGCGGGGCCGCUCGCCAUAUGACGGGCGCGGCGGCCCGACGACGGUCGCCUCCUACAGUGCAGGGUUCGUCAGCAUGCCGACGGACGUGAGCGACUGCCCGCGUCUUGAGGACCUCUUGCCUGGCGAGGCCCUUACCUUCCUGCGGGAGCGCCAAGAGCGCAUGCUACGAGAGUCACCUUUGCCGACCGACGUCGAGCCGUACUUCGACUCGGUCCUCAAGUUCAACCACAAGGAGUACCGCGGCCUGGUGCGUCGGCUGCUGUCAGCUGGCAUUCUGGGGUGGACUCUGACACCGAAAGAGAGAAUUGGGAUGUUCUUUGUGCGGAAGGAUGGGCGGCGCCGACUUCGCCUCAUAGUCGACGCCCGCCGUGCGAACGCCCACUUCAGGGAUCCUCCUGGGGUGGAGCUAUUGAGCAGCGAGGGCCUCGCCAGAAUCGAGGUGCACAUGCCAGACGCGGGCUUCUCGAGUUACGAGGACCUCCGCGCCGCGCUGGAGGCGCAGCAGGUGUGCAUCGGCAUGGCGGACGUGAAGGACUGCUUUCAUCGAAUGCGGAUCGAUUCAGCCCUCUCGCAAUGCUUCUGCCUGCCGCCUGUCAAGGCUGGGGCUUUCGGCGUGACCGAGGUCGAGGGGGCCAAGGUGCAGACGUCGACGGCCAUCUACCCUUGCUGGCAGGUCCUGCCCAUGGGCUUCAUCUGGUCUCUCUACUUCGCCCAGCGGGCCAACGAGGAGGUAAGCCGCCGCAGCAGCGCGCUCCUCAGGGGGCCCAGUCUGUCAGACCAUGGGCCACCGCUCGUGUUCGCGCCUGGCAGGGCGCCCCAGGAGGUCAGGCACUGCGUGCGCGUCGACAACUUGGGGGUCUUCUCGCUAUUCUCUGAGCUCGUGAGCGGCGUGAUGAACCAGCUGACGGGCGAGUUCACCGAGCUGAACCUACUGUUGCACAAGGACGAGCUGGUGCCGGGCAUGGCAGUGGCGCUUGGCACGGAGAUCGACGGCAGCCAGUUGCGCACUCGAGUGACCAGUGAUCGGUUCUGGCGCUGCCGCCAGGCCGUGCGGGGCCUCCUAGCCCGCCGCCGUGUCAAGGGCUGGGCCGUGGAGGCAGUGCUGGGCCACCUAACCUUUUGUGGCCUCUGCUCGCGCGGCACCUUGUCAGCUUUCAAUUCAGUGCACGGCUUUGUGCGAGCCCACUAUGACGAGGCGGCCGUGCUAUGGGCCGAGGCGCGGCGAGAGCUGGCCGCCUUCAGCUCCCUGAUGUACUUCCUGGAGUCCGAUUGGUGGCUGCCUUGGAAUCCGAUGGCGCAGCAGUCAGAUGCCAGUCUUCACGGCUACGGACUGGCAAGGGCUUUCUGGCCGCAGGAGCUGGUGGAGUCAGUCGGGCGCGUGCCUGAGCGGGCCCGCUUUCGCCGGCGCUGCGCGCGCAGUGCUCGAGAGGUUGCGCUCUGUGCAGCUGGCUUCGGUAUGAGUGAGAGUGGAAAAUGGGAACUCAAGGGCCUUCCCGAAGAUGAGGAGGAGCUGGGCCAGUGGGACGUUGUGAGGGACUUCCCGGAGGUGCCCGCCCAGGGGCUCCGCGCAGGCCUGUGGGAGCCCUGUUUCGCGAGAGCCUGGCAGCACCCUGAGGGCAUCUUGACCUUGGAGGCCCGAGCCCUGGUCAGCAGCAUCCAUCGUAUCGCCACCACGGUCUUUGGGCGAGACGCGAGGCUCGAGACGGGCCGCCGGCGCACGCGGCAGCUGGCGCCGUCUCGCCCGGAGCCUGGCCUGCAGCCGUCAGCCCGCGGCCAGGAGGCGAGGCGCACGCGGCAGCUUGUCCCUGCGCCGCCGAUAGCGCCGCAGCCGCUGCCGGCAGCUCGGCGGGAGCGUCAGCUGGGCGAGUCGGGGCUCCUGAAGACGGCUGUGCUGAGCCGUCCCCUGCCGCGGAGCCUGGGGCGAGUGGUGGAGGACCUGACAAAGGUGCCUGUGCCAGCGGAGCCCGCGCGGGGAGCGCGAGAGAGCGUCGGCUCCUCCGACAGCGGGAGCUCCGAGCCCGAGGUCGUGACCGGCGCCGCGCGGCAGCGCAGGCUCGCGCAGUCGCGGAAGCGCCGAGCCCGCCACUACGGGAUGCCCACCGGCGAGGAGGGCUUCUCUCUCCUGGAGCGGGGGGCCGUGCGAACCCCGACGCAGCGCGAGUACCAGAGGGCCUGGGACGGAUGGCGGGACUUUGCCCGUCGGAGCUGGCCCUCGGUGGACAUCGACGAGGUCAUGAAGAGCAGGGGCGACUCCGUGGUAGACUCGGCGUUGGUGAGCUACCUGAACGGCUUGUACCAGGCUGGGACUCACCUCUCCUGGGCCGAGAAGUUGAUGGCUGGCGUCCUGCACUCCAACCCCGACUUCUCGCGCUACGGUGCCCGGCGCCUCCCCCGGGGCUGGAGAUGCCUCCGGGCCUGGCGGCGCCUGGAGCCGCCGCGGACGAGGAAGCCGUGGGCGCUGGCGCUGUGGUGCGCAAUGGCGUGGCGCAUGAAGGCCCGUGGCAGCCUCCAGAUGGCGGUGUUCACUCUGAUAGCGGUGAGCGUGUACGCCCGCCCCAGCAGCCUUUUGCUUCUGAAGCCGGCCUGCCUGGUGCCGCCGACGGCGGGGGUGUGCGAGUUCUGGACCUUGAGGCUCUUCCCGGAGGAGGAGGACCUGCGGGGCAAGACGGGCCUGGGGGACGUGUCGCUAGAGUUAGACUCGCCCUGGAUUCGCUUCUUGGACCCCGUGCUGCGUCAGAUGAAGAAGGAGGGGCACCCCGAGUGCCUGUGGAACUUCACGUACCCAGAGUACUGCAAGAUGUUCAGCCUAUGCCUCCAGGACCUGCAGGUAAAGGCCAAGGCUCAGCUCGCGGACAUCAUUUUGGGUCGCGCCUCGCCGGUCGACUUGCGGGAGCUCGACCACGCCUGA